UGCUGGGGAGAGAAACUUCCUUGUUAUUGUGCCGGGACGCGCGCUAGAGGGGCGGCCGCAGCUGGAGCUCCCGGCGGGAGCGAGACUGGGAGCUGGUGUUUUCUGCCACGGAUUGCGAUCUUCAUCUGUUUCCAUCCCGAAUGUUAUGAAGGGAGCUCCACAGAUGCGGAAAAAAUCAAGCCACAUGAAUUGCUAAAAGAAGAGAUGAUGUUAUGUUGGGGAUAUUGGUCUUUUGGACUUCCCGGGGCAGGUAGCAAUCUCCAGACGAUCAUCUCUGAGCCUCAGAGCAGCGGUUUCAUUCAUGAGAGGAAUGUCAAAGAAAUAGCUUGCGGUGGAAACCAUUCUGUUUUCCUGCUGGAGGAUGGGGAAGUCUAUACAUGUGGCUUAAACUCCAAAGGACAACUAGGCCAUGAGAAGGAGGGAAGCAAGCCAGAGCAGAUUUGCGCUCUAGCAGAUCAACACAUAAUCCAUGUUGCCUGUGGAGAGUCUCACAGUGUGGCGCUCAGUGACCAAGGCCAGCUGUUUUCCUGGGGUGCAGGGAGUGAUGGCCAGCUAGGACAAACUGCUGCAGAAGAUUCAGUGGCUGUCCCAAGGUUAAUCAAGAAGCUGAACCAAGAGACGAUAUUGCAGGUCUCCUGUGGCAACUGGCACUGCCUGGCUCUUGCGGCUGACGGACAGUUCUUCGCAUGGGGGCAGAACAACCAUGGGCAGCUUGGGCUGGGUAAAGAGUUCCCCUCACAAUCAAGUCCUCAGCGUGUGAAGUCACUCGACGGGGUCCCAUUGGCUCAAGUUGCUGCAGGAGGAGCACAUAGCUUUGCCCUGUCUCUCUCAGGAGCUGUGUUCGGUUGGGGGAAAAACAGCUCAGGACAGCUGGGACUGAGUGACGACCGAGAUCGGGAGUCUCCAUGCCAUGUGAAGCUCUUACGGUCUCAAAAAGUCGUCUAUAUCAGCUGUGGAAAUGACCACACAGCUGUCCUCACAAAGAGCGGAGGGGUGUUUACCUUUGGGGCUGGUUCCUUUGGGCAACUCGGCCACGAUUCCUUGAAUGAUGAAGUAAACCCCAGAAGGGUGCUGGAGCUGAUGGGCAGUGAGGUGUCCCAGAUCGCAUGUGGUAGACAGCACACACUAGCCUUUGUGCCUUCUUCAGGAAUUAUCUAUGCAUUUGGCUGUGGAACCAAAGGCCAACUAGGAACCGGACAUAUCUGCAGUCUUAAAAGUCCUUCUCCUGUAAAGGGUCAGUGGGCGGCUUACAACGAGCAUCCCUUGGGUACAACAGAUCCGUGUAAAUACUACAUUGUUAAACAUAUCUUCUCUGGAGGAGACCAGACAUUUGUUCUUUGCUCUGAAAGUAAGAAUUCUGUGCCUGCUGAUGAUUUCCGAGCUGUAAACCAAAGUGAUUACACCUGUUCGAUUAACGAUGAAAUGAUCGACAUGUGGAGACACAAGUUGUCAGAGAAGAGCAACCCUAAUUCAGUAAACAGUGAGAUCGUGCAGAUCCUGUCCUCGGCUGCCUGCUGGAAUGGGAGCUUCCUAGAAAAGAAAAUAGAUGAACAUUUUAAAACGAGUCCCAAAGUUCCAGGGAUUGACUUGAAUUCCACCAGAGUGAUGUUUGAUAAGCUGAUGACGUCUCAGCAUUCCAUCUUGCUCGACCAGAUCUUAAAGAGCUUCGAAAGCUUUUUGAUCCCUCAGCUGUCCAGCUCUCCACCAGAUGUUGAAGCCAUGAGGAUCUAUUUGAUUCUCCCCGAAUUCCCACCAUUUCAAGAUUCCAAGUACUACGUAACAUUGACCCUUCCCUUGGCAAUGGCCAUAUUGCGCCUGGACAGAAACCCCAGCAAAGUCUUAGAUAACUGGUGGUCUCAGGUGUGCCCGACAUACUUCUUGAGGCUGGUCGAUCUCUAUAAAGGUGCUGUGGUUUACCUUUUGAAUGGAAAAAAAACAUUGUUGAUCCCAGUCCUGUACAGUAGCUACAUCACAGCUGCCCUACGACUUCUGGAGAAACUUCAUAAAGUAAAUCAGAAAGUCGGACAUGUAGAAUAUGACAAGUUUUAUAUCCCAGAGAUUUCCAGUCUGGUGGACAUUCAAGAAGACUACCUGAUGUGGUUCUUGCAUCAAGCUGGGAUGAAAGUGCGGCCAUCUAUCAUGCAGGAUUCCGUGACCCUGUGCUCUUACCCUUUCAUCUUUGAUGCCCAAGCCAAGACAAAGAUGCUGCAAACGGACGCUGAGCUGCAGAUGCAGGUGGCCAUUAGUGGAGCAAAUCUGCAGAAUGUUUUCAUGCUUCUUACCCUGGAGCCGCUCCUGGCACGAAGUCCUUUCCUUGUCCUUCACGUCCGUAGGGGCAACUUGGUUGGUGAUGCUUUGAGGGAGCUGAGCAUCCAUUCCGACAUCGACUUGAAAAAGCCUUUGAAGGUGAUCUUUGAUGGUGAGGAGGCUGUUGAUGCUGGUGGAGUCACAAAGGAAUUCUUCCUUCUGCUGCUGAAAGAGCUCCUGAACCCCAUCUAUGGGAUGUUCACCUGUUACUCGGAAUCGAACCUGCUGUGGUUCUCAGAUACCUGUUUUGUAGAGCACAACUGGUUUCAUCUCAUCGGCAUUGUCUGUGGGUUAGCGAUAUACAACUUCACCGUGGUGGAUCUUCACUUCCCAUUGGCUCUGUACAAGAAACUCCUGAAUGUGAAGCCCUCUUUAGAAGACUUGAAGGAGCUGUCUCCCAUGGAAGGAAGGAGUCUUCAGCAGCUUUUAGAUUACCCUGGGGAAGAUGUUGAAGAGGCAUUCUGCCUGUGUUUUACAAUUUGCAGAGAGAGCUAUGGAGUGGCAGAGCAGAAGAACCUGGUGCCUGAUGGAGACAAGAUUGCCGUGCACAAAGAUAACAGGCAGGAAUUUGUCGAUGCUUAUGUGAAUUACAUCUUCAACCUUUCGAUACACGAGUGGUACGCAGCUUUCUCCUCUGGCUUCCUGAAAGUGUGUGGCGGGAAAGUCCUGGAACUUUUCCAGCCAACUGAGCUCCGGGCCAUGAUAGUAGGGAACAGUAACUACAACUGGAAGGAACUGGAGGAGAGUGCUGCUUAUAAGGGAGAGUUCUCUGCCACACACCCGACUGUGAAGAUGUUUUGGGAGACAUUCCAUGAAUUCCCUUUGGAAAAAAAGAAGAAGUUUCUCUUGUUUUUGACAGGCAGUGACCGCAUCCCAAUCUAUGGCAUGUCGAGUUUGCGCAUUGUUAUCCAGUCCACAGCCAGUGGGGAAGAGUAUUUGCCCGUGGCUCACACGUGCUACAACCUUCUUGACCUGCCCAAGUACAGCAGUAAAGAAACCCUGAACACACGACUGACUCAAGCCAUCGACCACUAUGAGGGCUUCAGCUUGGCCUGAGGGGAGCCCCCCCCCAACAAGGACCGUUCUGUACAGAAAGGAAAUACUGUCUUUGUUUUUAUUUUUGUAAUGCUCAAGGAGUGGGUUGGCAGGAGCAUGGGAUGAAGAGACUCAGCAAAGGCCAAUCAACAUUCCCAGAAUUUUCACUUUUGAUGUUUUCCAUCCAUCAGACAAAAUCAGUUCCAUCUCUUCGACUGUUUUUUUUAAAAAUGACCUUCUUUCUUGCCUCUCCAACAACUAUUUUUAAAAUACCUUCAAUAGUGGAGUUUUCAUGGUCUUUCUAAAGACAGACUGUGAAAACUUGUGGGAAAUGUUUCUUUUCUCCUUACCUACCAGAGCCCCUCUUUCUGUUCUGUUCUUCCUUUCAAUGGCUGAUUCCGCACGUGCUGGAUAAUGCACUUUCAAUGCACCUUAUCAAUAGUAUGAGGUGGAUUUCUUGUUCCGCACACGAAAAAAUCCAUUCCAAAUGAUCUAUAAAGAGGAUUGGAAGUGCAUUAUUGGAAGUGUGCGGAAUCAGCCAAUGUCACCCUGAUCUGAAUCACAACAAACUUGCACAGCACCUGAAUCAGGAUGGCUCCUCACUUCACAGCAAUUUACAAAAUAUUUUAUUUCUUCAGUGGUGCCAGAGAGCUUUGUAAUAAAUAAGAUUAUUUCACACAGAGAUUAGUUUGAGAUGGCGGUGGUAAAGAUUUUACAAUUUGGAUCUUUUUACAUUUUUUUCCAAUUAAGAGUCUUCCCAUAAAAUGAGACAACAUAAAUAAUUUAUCCAGAAGAAUUUCAAAGCCGUUGAAGGGAAAGAGAGCAUACAAAAUGGGAGUGGAAUGACGCAUUGGGUUGGAUCCUGCCAGCUUUUCUGCUGGAGAAAAAGGAAAGAGAGGUCUUAAUACUGGGCAUCCUUGGACAAAAGGCACAUGGGAUAGGUGGUAGGGGAUAUCGGAAAGGGGGGAAUUAAGUGAGACAUGAAAAAAUGACUGGCUCCAUCCCACUCUUUCUGGUUCUGUGAUGUUGGUUCUUGAUGUUUUUCUUAAAGAAUGUGGGGAUUGCAUUUUAAAAGGGGGAGAGAUUGGGAUGUAAGGGAAGGCUUUUAAACCCUUUCCGCUCGUGCUGUUUACCCACUGAACUUCACUAUUGCCACCCCCCCCCCCCCGGUGCUGUAUUUCUGACUAGCUUUCCUCACCUUUCUUUGUCCAAGAAUAGUGCCCUGAAAAUAAUUUCUGAUGCAGUCCUCCUCCCCGUUUCCCUUAGUUGGGGGUCCCUUCCCAGGGACCGUUGAACCCUUUUGCCAGCUGCACGGAGGAUCAGGCCUUGGGUCAGUCCCUCAGACUUUUUUUGCAAUGAGUAGCUCUGCCUUCGGUAUAGAGAUUGAGGACCUGCCAGAUCGUCUUCGUCCUUCUGUGCAGCCCCACAUUGGGACUGCGCAGGCGCAGGCCAG